AUGCCCGACAUCAUUUCUGGUUGGGCCUCAUUGCUUGGGCCAGUCGCUGAACUGCCACUGUACUGGCUCUACUUUCCCCCGGCCCCUUCCGUACCCCUGCCCCUCAUACAACACGCCGCUACCGGCACCACUGCUGCGGCAAUUGUCCAUCGCGUGUUGAAUCCCAGCUUCGUUAGCCAAAGCUUCGUGCCUCGGCAUGUCGCCAGUCCAAUUGACCGCCGCCCAAAGCUCCAAGUAUCUGCGAUGGGGCCGGAGCCGUACAGUGGGGUCGACCAAAGCCGCCGGAGAGUACGGAAGCCCGAGUGGGUUCGACUUGCCACCGAUGGCGUUCGUAAUAAUCAUUUGUUGUACGGCAGGAUCUUGGAAGAAGAUGCGGAUAACGACCCAGAGGUCGCUCGGCUGUUAGAGGGUACGGAAGGAGAUCCAGAUCGGAUUCGGGAAAAGAUGAAAUUCGCGCUCAAGGAGACAGACAUGCAUAGGGAGCGACAGGGCUCCGAAGUGCCGCCCGUGUUGCGGUUCCGAGCCAUAAGCCCCAUGGGACUGUGGUUGUACCACAAUGCCGAUGACGAUCAGUCGUUCUUCGAGUACGACAAUGACGAGCUGGCGGCCGGAGAGGCCCGUAUGGCCUCGUACAUUCACGACAUCGGUGACGUGGAGUACCAGGACAAUUGGGCUCGAGUUUGGAUCGAUAUGGGCACCGCUGACGAGUUAUCUUUGGACGUGUUGAUCAACAUGUUGGUUGGCUUCAGCGCGGAGAUGUGCGGGUUGAAGAGCGUGCUGCUGGGGGGCGAGAACGAGGACUGGCCGGUACCAGAGGAAGACCGGGAGUUCGGUCCGGACGCGGACUACAUGAAGGUGGGAAUGGACCCAAUGCGGCUUCCCGAGGGCCUGGAUGAGGAGUUCCAGUUUAUGGACGACGAGGGAAUGCUCGAGGGAGGGAAGGGAAUACGCAACAGAACCAGCAGUAGCACCAGUAGUACAAGCGGUGACGGAGAUGCGUACGGCAGUAGCGGGUACGGCAUCCGCGCUGGGCCGUACAGCUCCCGGGCCGAAGAGCAGGAGCUGCAACAGCUUGCGGAACGAUUAAAAAGGCGGCGACCUGGCGGCGGCGAGGGGGGCUACUACGGAGGAAGUGCCGGUGCUGCGGAUUUGGAUUUAGAUCUGGAUUUUAAUCCUGAUGAGCUGGAAUUUACGGAUGGGGACGAUGGCGGGGAUGAUGAUGAGGAGGAGGGGGGUUCCACCGCAGCACGGGGGCCGCAAGACCGGGGGGGUAACAGGCCUUGGGGUGCAAGUUUUGUACGGCGAGUGCGGAGGGGUCCUGGUAACCGUAACCCAACCAUCUCAUCAUUGAAUGGGAAAAGGAUAGGAUCCCGCGCCACCGCCUUUAUCAUCGCCUUUAGGUCACCUCGCCUUCAGGGGCCCGACGACACCGCACUGAUCGAUAUCGACACCCAGGAAAGGUCAAAAGCAAAAGCACGGGAGGUGCUGUUGUUCUAGGGGGAAACAACGACUGUGGCGAAAUGGCAGACUGCCACACUUCCUCCUAAAAACAAAAACCGAUGCGGAGCCCCCCUACA